AUGGCUGUGCAGAGCCCAACGGAAAGCCUGCAUAGCGAAGCCUCCUGCUCCAUCUGCCUGGGUUAUUUCCAAGACCCCGUCUCCAUCCACUGUGGCCACAACUUCUGCCGGGCGUGCAUCACCCGCUGCUGGGAAGGGCAGGAGGCACAUUUCUCCUGCCCACAGUGCAGGCAGACGGCUUUGCAGAAGAGUUUCCGUCCUAGCAGAGAGCUGGCAAAUAUUGCCGAAAUUGCCAGGCAGCUGAGCCCGCGGGCAGGAGGAGGAGGAGCGGCAGGAUGGGAGAAUUUGUGCGGGCAACACCAGGAAGCUCUGAAGCUCUUCUGCAAGGUGGACCAGCAACCCAUCUGCGUGGUGUGUGACAGGUCCCAGGCUCACUAUUUCCACACUGUAGUCCCUGUUGAGGAAGCUGCCCAGGAAUAUAAGGAAGAAAUCCAAGCCUGCCUACAGGCUUUAAAGGAAGAGAGAGAAAAAUACCUGGAAAGCAGAAAAACCGGAGUGAGGAAGAACUCAUACCUGGAGAAAACCAAAAAUGAAGGAAAGAAAAUAGUGUGUGAAUUCCAGCAAUUGCAUCGAUUUUUGAAGGACCAAGAGCGCCUCCUCCUGACUCAGCUGGCAGAUCUGGACAGGGCCAUCACCAGGGUCCAGGAGGAAGCAGUGGCGAAGGUCUCAGAGGAGAUGUCCAAUCUCGACACCCUGAUAUGGGAGAUGGAGGGGAAAUUCCAGCAACCGGCAAGCCAAUUCCUGCAGGACAUCAGAAGACUCUUGAACAGUUGUGAGAUGAUGAAGUUCAGCCCUCCGGUGGAGAUUUCCUCCCAUUUGGAAAGAAAACUCGAGGACUUUGUUCAGAAAAACAUCCUCGUGAGAGGCACGCUGCAGAAAUGCCAAGACAGCCUGAUGUUUAAAUUGCAAGAGCCAACCAAUGUGACCCUGGACCCGGCCACAGCUCACCCCAACCUUCACCUUUCUGAAGACCAAAAGCAAGCCAGGGGCCAGCUGAUGCAGCAGGACCUUCCAGACAACCCGGAGAGAUUUGACUUUGAACCCUGCGUGCUGGGCUGCGAGGGUUUCACCUCAGGGAGGCAUUUCUGGGAGGUGGAGGUGGGGCAGGGAGGCGUCUGGGCCCUGGGGGUGGCCCGAGCAUCGGUCAAGAGGAAAGGACUGAUGAGCCUCACCCCCAAGGAGGGGGUCUGGGCGCUGGAAGCUUAUCACUCUCUCACAUCCCCCCGCACCAACCUGCGCCUGAACCCACUUCCCAGGAGGAUACGGGUCUCCCUGGACUAUGAAGGAGGGCGGGUGGCAUUUUUCAGCACAGAUGAUGACGCUCCCAUCUUGGUUUAUACCAGAGCCUCGUUCAAUGGGGAGAGGGUCUUCCCCUGGUUCAAGAUGGGGAUAGGGGCUCGUUUGCAAGAAAUCACCCAAACCCUACCCUCAGAGGACCAGUCAGUGACUGGGCACCUGAUGUCGCCUCUGGACUGGGUAGGAUUCAAGUCUCCCCUCCGAAUUUGCCCUUGA